AUGGCUGACAAUCUGAUUCAAAAGUCACAUAAAACUAGUGAAAAAAACAAGUAUAACAACGUUGUUCAUCGUACUACAAGCGAAUCUCUUCGGCUUAACGAGUCAGAGAAAGGAGUGAGUCACCCGACAAGCCUUCAAUCUAGCCAUAACCCAAGGAAAAUAUCUUCCUUUCAGAUCACCAGUGUUACGGUUGGCUCCCGAGUGAGCACUGAUGCAGGGGAGGACUCCGCGGACGAUCUGGACGAAUCUCACACCGAUGACAUUUCAAGGGUGACCGAUAUAGAGAAUGAAACACCGAGUUAUUCCGAAGAUACAUUCUCAAAAGACGAUGUGUUUUACAACGCGUCGAGUGCUUCGCUAGGUUGUGCGCCUGUCAUACCGACGAGUUCGCAGUACGGUCUCGCUAUUGUCGGUCAGGAAAACAAUACAAAUCAAGUAGGUGCAGUGCCAAAUAGUAAUAACACAGAAGUUAAUGACAUGCAUGUCAGUGUCACUAACGCCGGAGCGGGUAGCAUUAUCAACCUUAUAGGUAAUACAAAACCCCAAGAAGGCAUGAAAGAAAUACAGGAACAUGUGAGAAAUGAGCGGUUUAAAGUUGUAAAAAUAGAAAGCACCGAACCCUUUAGAAGAGGCCGGUGGAUGUGUAUGGAUUAUUUGGAUCAUACUACCACUCAACAAAAUGCACCAAUCACUUUGAACAACAACUUGGAUGUAACUGAAAAUAACACGUUACAAGCACCAGACAGUGGAGUUGUUAUAAAUGAUAGUCAGCAUGAUGAUAUGUGUAAUGACCUAGGAAGCAAAGGUACGAAAGACCUCCAAGCGAGUGCUCCAGCUGUACAGCAGAUAGAACAAAGUAUUCAAAAACAGUUUCCUAUUGCUUCUCCUGGGCAAUCUCUUACCCAACCUAUUAAUGUUGUGCAACAACAAAUACCUGUGAACCAUGUCUCAGUGCAGUCACCACCAUUGGAAAUGCCCCAACAAAUGCCUCCACAGAAUAUGGCUAAUCAACAAGUUGGGCAGCAACAUCCUCAAAGUAUGGCACACAUUACUAUGCAGGGUGCUCAACAAGGCCAUGCACAAUCUGCACCACAGCAACAAGUACAGCAGAUCUCGCAAAGCUUUCCUCAGCAUCAGUUGCAACAAGUUAUUGCCCAAUCGCAGGGCAUUCCUAUGCAACAAAUUCCUAUGCAUCAACAAAUGCCUCAGCAGAUGCAACAGAUACCGAACCAGCAAAUGCAACAAAUUAAUCAACAUAUUCCACAAGCCCAACUAACCAACAUGCAGCAAAUUCAACAGCAAAUACCGCAGAUGCAGGGCUUGCCGAAUCAAGGCCAAAUGACCCAGGUGGCCAGUCAACAGCCACAGAUGCAACAAAUGCAAAUGCAGCCUAUGCAGGGCCAGCCGAACCCACAACAAUUACAUCAGAUGCAACAAGCGCAGAUGACUAAUAUAGGAGCAGGUCAUCACAUGCAAGGACAGCAAUCUAUGGGUCCACAACAGACACAACUACAGCAUUUGCCUAGCCAGGCACAAAUUCAAGCUUUGCAAAAUCAGCAAAUACCAAACCAUAUUCAACAGAUGCAAUUGCCAACACAGCUGAGUGCUCCCAAUCAACAAAUACAACAAAUGCAACCACAAAUUCAUCAAAUCCCUCCACAACCACAGCAAUCUGUGGUGACAGGAAUGCAUCCACAGAUGCAACAACAAGCUAUGUCUGGUGUUCAGCCACAGUACAACCAAGCGGUUAACCAACAAUCCAAUGCACAGAAUAUGAUUACGGCCAGUAUGCCAUCUUCACAGCAACCAAUGGUUCAAACUCAACACAGUGUUCCACAAUAUCACACACAACAGUCGCAGAUGAGUCAGCAAGGACAGACUAUGCCUCAAGAGGUGCUCACAAGUAUUGUUACAUCACAACAAGGUGCAACCCUACCUUCUAACCUCCAAUCGAUGGCCUCUCAACCUCAAGGGUCGACAUUGCCGGCAAAUCUUCAAAGCCUGGCCAACCAGCAGCAGCCUACCACAGUGCAUGCAAUGGCACCACAACAAGGAACAGUGCCACAAGGGAAUAUUCAAAUGAUGACAGCUCCGCCACAGAAUAUACAAAUGACAAUGGACGGAAAUCAGCCCAGCAUGCAGAUACCAGCCUCAGAUCCUAUAUUCAUGCAGCCAGCCAACGUCAGCCAGCAAAUGCCUGUAAACCAACAUAUUGCUCAGCAACAGAACAUGUUGCAGCAGCAAGUCGGAGGUGGACAGGGACAGAUGGGCGGUGUGCAGUAUGUUUCUAAUCAGGCCGUGCCACAAGUGUCGAUGGGGCACCAGAACAUUCCAAUGUCAAUGCAACAGGCGAUGCCAGUUGGAAUGGGGGGAGGAGUACACGCAAAUGUGGUGCAGUCCCAGACGAAUAUGGGACUCGGUUACGGUGGUGUUGUGCCUGUUAUGUCGCAGAGUAGUGUCGCGCCGGUUGAGGUGACCGUUUCGGGAACUAAUUCGCCAGUAGUGUCUCUGCCGGUGAGUUCGGCCGCGUACGUCGCCAACACGGCCCAAGCGGGUCACGAUAGUCAGGGCUUCGGAAGCCCUGUGAGUGCAGUGGUGUCUCAUUCGGUCAAUGGCGCGGUUAUGAGCAGUGUCAAUGUCAAUGCGUGUGACAGUGGUGCUUCGGAAGCGGCUUCGGAAGGUUUGCAGGCCGGCGACACUGGCGACGGUAAGGAGGAGCCGCAGCCUGCACCACCGCCCGAGGAUGAAAGCAUCAGCGGGUUGGCGCUGGCGCUCGGCGGAAGCAGCACGGGCAGCCCUUCAACAUCGACGGAUGCGCGAGAUCACACGGCGACUUCUUCCCGCGCGCCUUCCCCGCCGCCUUCCGAGAGGCAGCAACACUCCAGGUAG